AAGGAAAAAUGUAAGACUGAAACAUAAGACGGAAAUGUAAGACGGAAUUGCCCGAAAGUCUAACUUUAAUUACAUAUCAAAUACACAUUUUGGUGAUUUGGCGAUCGUGGGGUGGUGUGUGUGAAAAUGUAGUUUUUACUUCUCUAUCCCUGUUUCUUGCUUUCCACAUACUUCAGCGUUUUCCACUUUAUCAGGUUGAACCAGCUCACCAGGUUCAACUCCUGUGCCAUCACACCUAGGUGUGCUUGAGGGAUGGAUGUCCCUGAGAAUGGAAGGUCAGCAGCAUGAAUAUUGCAACUACAGAAGAGUAGGAGAGAAAAAGGGUGGCGUAAACAGGACUGAUGAGAGAGAACAGAAGGUAAAGCAAAUGCAAAGAAGCCGGGCGCGGGGGCUAACGCCUGUAAUCCCAGCAGUCUGGGAGGCCGGGUCGGGCGGGUCACUUGUCAGGAGUUCGACACCAGCCUGACCAACAGGGUGAAACCCCGUCUCUACUAAAUACAAAAAAUUAGCCGGGCGUGGUAGCAUAUGCCUGUAAUCCCAGCUACUUGGGAGGCUGAGGCAGGAGAAUCACUUGAACCCAGGAAGUGGAGGUUGCAGUGAGCCGAGAUUGAUUGUGUCAUUGCACUCUAGCCUGGGCAACAAGAGCGAAACUCCAUCUCAAAAAAAAAAAAAAAAAAAAAAAAGAAAAAAGAAAAAGAAAAUGCGAGGAAGCAGGCUGUGUCGGACUGGGAGUAGGCUUGACCACCUUUCAAUUCUCAACCCAGUGGUACGACUCUGGCGGCAGGCAGAGGCCCCACCUCCUCUGCAGAGAGCUCUCGGGUUCUCCCGGAUUCCUAAAGGACGGCAAAGGCCUGAAGCAGGUUCUCUGAGCACCGCACAGAACCUUCCAUUUCGCGGGGAGGUUCUUCCUGCGCCCAGGUGUUCCUCAACCUUCCUCUCCUCGCCCAGGAAGAGGCUGUGAGGAUUACAUCAUCCCAACCCGAGCAGCGUGGCCAGCUUUUCCAUCUCAAACUCUUGCUCUUGAAGUCAAUCCGGAUGCAGCGAUCAUGUUUCCCCGUCAGGGCUGGCCCUGGAGAGGGGGCACGCCGGGAGGCGUCUCGUUCUAGCAAAGAGGCUAUUAAAUGACCUAGGGCGCGGCUUUUUCUCGCGUUUACGAGCUCCACCUACACGGGAACACAUGGCUACCCAAGCCCGUCGCUGCGCCAAGACCUCCAGCUCAACACACCCGACAAGCGCUGUGCAGAGAAACCGCAGCGCAGUCCAGCGGGAGACCCCAGGAGGGGAAGGAGGUGCCGGACUCGGGAAGGGUGUCCCGGGUGGCGGUGGGCGGGGGGGGGGGGCGCGUUGCGCCUGCGCAGUCGCUAGGCAGCUGCUCCCGCGGGGCGUGCUCGUAACGCCGCGCACCCUAUCAGGCGGCCACAGGGAGCGCGCCCGCGGCCUCGCCCUUUCUCGCCCCUCCCUUCUCCCCUCUGGGUCCAGCCUCAGACUGAGGCUUGGAGACCCGAGCAUUCCACUCGCCACUUCGGCGCGCCCCCAUGCCCUCUUGUGCGCGUGCGCAGAGGCGGACCGCAAGGCUAGGGCGCGAGGGAAGGGCGGGCGUACGUCCUUGCGUGCGUCUCAGGCAGCGCGCACGCCGGCGUGAGAGGGCACGGGGAAAAGGUGGCUCUGGCCGGGGCGGCUCGGUUUCCUGGGGCUAUGUAACUGAGCUCGUCUACUUGGGGGUCCUUCUUCGCUGCACUCGCCGCGUGCUAGCAGGGAGUUUCUGCUCGGGAGAGGGACUGUCCUUACGCCCGCCGCGCCUCCUCGACGGCAGAGCAGGCUUGCUCACCCGUGGGAGCGUCCCGGCCGAGAAGCCCUGAGGGGGGAGGGGAGGCCAUUUUGUCCCGACCGACUCCCCGGAACCGGGCGGAGCGGCUGGGAGAGGCUGCGGAGCCGCGGUCGCCGCCCUCGGAGGCACUGGACGCCGCCACUGUCGGGGCUUCCUCGAAGCUGUUUCGUAGGUCGCCCGCGCCCUCUCGAGCCUUCUUUUUUCCCACGCUUCCCCGGUCCUCCGGCCUGAGAACGCCCGAGUGAGGAGUUGGCCGUAGUGAGAGGGACCGAUCCCUUGGGGCCGCCGGCGGCGAGAGCCCGAGCCGCUCCUCCCAAUGGCGAAGAAGACGUACGACCUGCUUUUCAAGCUGCUCCUGAUCGGGGAUUCGGGAGUGGGGAAGACCUGCGUCCUUUUUCGUUUUUCGGAUGAUGCCUUCAAUACUACCUUUAUUUCCACCAUAGGAAUAGACUUCAAGAUCAAAACAGUUGAAUUACAAGGAAAGAAGAUCAAGCUACAGAUAUGGGAUACAGCAGGCCAGGAGCGAUUUCACACCAUCACAACCUCCUACUACAGAGGCGCAAUGGGUAUCAUGCUAGUAUAUGACAUCACCAAUGGUAAAAGUUUUGAAAACAUCAGCAAAUGGCUUAGAAACAUAGAUGAGCAUGCCAAUGAAGAUGUGGAAAGAAUGUUACUAGGAAACAAGUGUGAUAUGGACGACAAAAGAGUUGUACCUAAAGGAAAAGGAGAACAGAUUGCAAGGGAGCAUGGUAUUAGGUUUUUUGAGACUAGUGCAAAAGCAAAUAUAAACAUCGAAAAGGCGUUCCUCACGUUAGCUGAAGAUAUCCUUCGAAAGACCCCUGUAAAAGAGCCCAACAGUGAAAAUGUAGAUAUCAGCAGUGGAGGAGGCGUGACAGGCUGGAAGAGCAAAUGCUGCUGAGCAUUCUCCUGUUCCAUCAGUUGCCACCCACUACCCCGUUUUCUCUUCUUGCUGCAAAAUAAACCACUCUGUCCAUUUUUAACUCUAAACAGAUAUUUUUGUUUCUCAUCUUAACUAUCCAAGCCACCUAUUUUAUUUGUUCUUUCAUCUGUGACUGCUUGCUGACUUUAUCAUAAUUUUCUUCAAACAAAAGAAGUAUAGAAAAAUCAUGUCUGUGACUUCAUUUUUAAAUGUACUUGCUCAGCUCAACUGCAUUUCAGUUGUAUUAUAGUCCAGUUCUUAUUGACAUUAAAACCUAUAGCAAUCAUUUCAAAUCUAUUCUGCAAAUUGUAUAAGAAUAAAGUUAGAAUUAACAAUUUUAUUUUGUACAACAGUGGAAUUUUCUGUCAUGGAUAAUGUGCUUGAGUCCCUAUAAUCUAUAGACAUGUGAUAGCAAAAGAAACAAACAAAAGCCAGGAACACACUCAUUUUCGCCUUGAAUAUGUAAAUGGGAUUAAUUUUGUCCUGUGCCUUAUGUGGAAAGGAACUUCUUUGGUUUUCCUUUUUUGUUCUGGUGGAAGCAUGUGCAGGAGACAUAUCAUCCAAACAUAAACCAUUAAAAUGUCUGUGGUUUGCUUGGCUGUAAUUUUCAAAGUAGUUAAUUGAGGACAAAGGGUAAUGCAGAAGUGAUAGCUUUGGUUUGCUGAGUCUUGUUUUAAGUGGCCUUGAUAUUUAAAACUAUUCCUGCCAUCAUUUCUUCUCCUUGGCCACUUUUUCCUUGCGUCUCCCUGCAUGCUGCUUUAUUUGCUUCUCCCUCCCCCACCACCUCAUGGUAUAUUUAAGAGUGAAAGGGACAAACUAGUAGGUUUGUCAAGUUUAAUAUAAAGCACUGAUGUAACUUGCUAGGUAAACGGAAAGAUAAGUUCUAACUGCCUACUAUCCAAUGUCAGUUAAUUGGUGUCUUCCCCCUCAUUUGCUCUCUGCCCUAAAAUGUGUCCCAGAUGCCUUCAUUCGCUGUUUUACUUCUAUGUUCUGCUUUUCUUCCUCUCUGUUCCCUUCCUGUCUAUCCAUUGAGUUUAUGAAAUGGAAGAGUUAACUGCAUGCACUAGUGUUUGGAGGGUGUUGUGGUUUGUCUUUCUAAUUAGGUGUAUAGCCUAUUCACUUUCCUAGAAUAAAUCUCUUUAACCUAAAUUUGAGUAGUCUCCAUUUUGGCAACUCCUCUAGCAGCUUGGUAGCCUAGCACAGGUUGUUUUCUUGAAAAAGCAGGAAGGAGGAGUGAAUUUUAUUAACAUGUUUGCCAAAUGUAUUGAGAUUUGGCCUCUGAAGAACACUUUUUCAGUGUUGUCUUUACCUUAAGAUUCAGAAAUACUUUAUUAUUUUAAGUCCUGUCUUUACAUCCUUUUGGAAAACUUGUAUUGCCAUGGAUUUGGAAAAAGGACAACGAAAGGUUUUUCAUGUAAAGAUAAGAUCUUUAGCUAUCUCUAACCCUGUCCUUUUUUCACUGCAUUUUUUCUAGUUUUGCUUCAUUGCUUAUCAUUAGGAUAGGGUAAGUGAAGUUUGCUAUGCUGCUAGCAUCCUAAGAUGAUACCUUUGUUGAAAGAAUUGUGAAUAGCAUGAUUCAUUUCUAGCAGAGGCUGAGUUUAGGACAGCAGCUUCCAUUGAGAAGUCUUUCUGUGUCGUGAAUAGCAUUUUAAUGACCUCUUGGCUCACAUAAGCAAACAACAUAGGGACGUAUCUGCUAUGAAAAUCCACAAAUUUUUCAGAUAGUGCCCUAAAAACAAUUUUAUAUGCCUCACUGGUUGUUGUUAUUAGGUUGUUCCCACACUUGACUUUAUCAUUGUUUACUACUAGUAAAAAGCAGCAUUGCCAAAUAAUCCCUAAUUUUCCACUAAAAAUAUAAUGAAAUGAUGUUAAGCUUUUUGAAAAGUUUAGGUUAAACCUACUGUUGUUAGAUUAAUGUAUUUGUUGCUUCCCUUUAUCUAGAAUGUGGCAUUAGCUUUUUUAUUUUAACCCUCUUUAAUUCUUAUUCAAUUCCAUGACUUAAGGUUUGAGAGCUAAACACUGGGAUUUUUGGAUAACAGACUGACAGUUUUGCAUAAUUAUAAUCGGCAUUGUACAUAGAAAGGAUAUGGCUACCUUUUGUUAAAUCUGCACUUUCUAAAUAUCAAAAAAGGGAAAUGAAGUAUAAAUCAAUUUUUGUAUAAUCUGUUUGAAACAUGAGUUUUAUUUGCUUAAUAUUAGGGCUUUGCCCCUUUUCUGUAAGUCUCUUGGGAUCCUGUGUAGAAGCUGUUCUCAUUAAACACCAAACAGUUAAGUCCAUUCUCUGGUACUAGCUACAAAUUCGGUUUCAUAUUCUACUUAACGAUUUAAAUAAACUGAAAUAUUUCUAGAUGGUCUACUUCUGUUCAUAUAAAAACAAAACUUGAUUUCCA